GGCUAAGAGUUAAUUAGCCCCGCACUGCGAGGGGGGAGGCGCCAGUUUUCUGGGGACACUGGCUGCCACUGUACUCCUACCCAGGGGAGCUCACGGAGAGUUGGAUGAAUUCUGGGUUGUUAGCUGCGGUCAGCUGGGCUCCCGGGAGCCUGUUGCUGGUGGAGAACAGGGGGCGCCUGGCCAAGGGACCAGCGGCUUGCUGAGACUCAACAUGACACUCCUGGGGUCUGAGCAUUCCUUGCUGAUUAGGAGCAAGUUCAGAUCAGUUUUACAGUUAAGACUUCAACAAAGAAGGACUCAGGAACAACUGGCUAACCAAGGCUUAAUACCACCACUGAAACGUCCAACUGAAUUCCAUGAGCAAAGAAAACAUUUGGAGAGUGACAAGGCUAAAAAUUCCCUGAAGCGCAAAGCCAGAAACAGGUGCAACAGUGCCAACUUGGUUAAUAUGCACAUACUCCAAGCUUCCACUGCAGAGAGGUCCAUUCCAACUGCUCAGAUGAAGCUGAAAAGAGCCCGACUCGCCGAUGAUCUCAAUGAAAAAAUUGCUCUACGACCAGGGCCACUGGAGCUGGUGGAAAAAAACAUUCUUCCUGUGGAUUCUGCUGUGAAAGAGGCCAUAAAAGGUAACCAGGUGAGUUUCUCCAAAUCCACGGAUGCUUUUGCUUUUGAAGAGGACAGCAGCAGUGAUGGGCUUUCUCCAGAUCAGACUCGAAGUGAAGACCCUCAAAACUCAGCGGGAUCCCCGCCAGACGAUAAAGCCUCAGAGACCCCUUCGACAGGUUCUCUGGGGACAAACCAGGAUCUUGCUUCUGGCUCAGAAAAUGACAGAAAUGACUCAGCCUCACAGCCCAGCCACCAGUCAGAUGCGGGGAAGCAGGGGCUUGGCCCCCCCAGCACCCCCAUAGCCGUGCAUGCUGCUGUAAAGUCCAAAUCCUUGGGUGACAGCAAGAACCGCCACAAAAAGCCCAAGGACCCCAAGCCAAAGGUGAAGAAGCUGAAAUAUCACCAGUACAUUCCCCCAGACCAGAAGGCAGAGAAGUCCCCUCCACCGAUGGACUCAGCCUACGCUCGGCUGCUACAGCAACAGCAGCUGUUUCUGCAACUCCAAAUCCUCAGCCAGCAGCAGCAGCAGCAGCAGCAGCAGCAGCAGCAGCAGCAGCAGCAGCAGCAGCAGCAGCACCGAUUCAGCUACCCAGGGAUGCACCAAGCUCAGCUUAAAGAACCAAAUGAACAGAUGGUCAGAAAUCCAAACUCUUCUUCAACGCCACUGAGCAAUACCCCCUUGUCUCCUGUCAAGAAGUUUUCUGGACAAACUGGUGUCUCCUCUUUCAAACCCGGCCCACUCCCGCCUAACCUGGAUGAUCUGAAGGUCUCUGAAUUAAGACAACAGCUUCGAAUUCGGGGCCUGCCUGUGUCAGGCACCAAAACGGCCCUCAUGGACCGGCUUCGACCCUUCCAGGACUGCUCUGGCAACCCAGGGCCGAACUUUGGGGAUAUAACGACUGUCACUUUUCCUGUCACACCCAACACGCUGCCCAAUUACCAGACUUCUUCCACCAGUGCCCUCUCCAAUGGUUUCUACCACUUUGGCAGCACCAGCUCCAGCCCCCCGAUCUCCCCAGCCUCCUCUGACCUGUCGGUCGCCGGGUCCCUGCCAGACACCUUCAAUGAUGCCUCCCCCUCCUUCGGCCUGCACCCGUCCCCAGACCACGUGUGCACGGAGGAAAGUCUCAUGAGCAGCCUGAAGGGGGGCUCUGUUCCUUCUGAGCUGGAUGGGCUGGACUCCGAGAAGAACAAGAUGCUGGUGGAGAAGCAGAAGGUGAUCAAUGAACUCACCUGGAAACUCCAGCAAGAGCAGAGGAAGGUGGAGGAGCUGAGGAUGCAGCUUCAGAAGCAGAAAAGGAAUAACUGUUCAGAGAGGAAGCCGCUGCCUUUCCUGGCUGCCUCCAUCAAGCAGGAAGAGGCUGUCUCCAGCCGCCCUUUUGCAUCCCAAGUACCUGGGAAAAGACAAAGCAGCAGCUCAGAGUGUCACCCGCCGGCUUGUGAAGCGGCUCAACUCCCGCCUCUUGGAAAUGUUUAUUGUGUGGAGUCCUCAGAUCAAACCAAUGUACUUUCUUCCACAUUGCUCAGUCCCCUGUGUUCCCCUCAGCAUUCACCGCUUGGGGUUGUGAAAAGCCCACAGCACACCAGUUUGCCCCCAUCACCCAACAACCCUCACUUUCUGCCCUCGUCCUCCGGGGCCCAGGGAGAAGGGCACAGGGUCUCCUCGCCCAUCAGCAGCCAGGUGUGCACUGCACAAACCUCAGGACUCCACGAUGGCCAUCCUCCAAAGCUUCUCUCCAGGUUCUCCAAGCCCUCCACCCACCCACCCUUCUCUGGAGCCCAAGCAGACAGCAGUCACGGGGCUGGGGGCAACCCUUGUCCCAAAAGCCCAUGUGUACAGCAAAAGAUGGCUGGUUUACACUCUUCUGAUAAGGUGGGGCCAAAGUUUUCAAUUCCAUCCCCAACUUUUUCUAAGUCAAGUUCAGCAAUUUCAGAGGUAACACAGCCUCCAUCCUAUGAAGAUGCCGUAAAGCAGCAAAUGACCCGGAGUCAGCAGAUGGAUGAACUCCUGGACGUGCUUAUUGAAAGUGGAGAAAUGCCAGCAGACGCUAGAGAGGAUCACUCAUGUCUUCAAAAAGUCCCAAAGAUACCCAGAUCUUCCCAAAGUCCAACUGCUGUCCUCCCCAAGCCCUCGGCUUCCUUUGAACAAGCCUCUUCAGGCAGCCAGAUCCCCUUUGAUCCCUAUGCCACCGACAGUGAUGAGCAUCUUGAAGUCUUAGUAAAUUCCCAGAGCCCCCUAGGAAAGGUGAGUGAUGUCACCCUUCUAAAAAUUGGGAGCGAAGAACCUCAUUUUGAUGGGAUAAUGGAUGGAUUCUCUGGGAAGGCUGCAGAAGACCUCUUCAAUGCACAUGAGAUCUUGCCAGGCCCCCUCUCUCCGAUGCAGACACAGUUUUCACCCUCUUCUGUGGACAGCAGUGGGCUGCAGUUAAGCUUCACUGAAUCUCCUUGGGAAACCAUGGAGUGGCUGGACCUCACUCCACCAAGUUCCACACCAGGCUUUAGCGCCCUCAGCACCAGCAGUCCCAGCAUCUUCAACAUCGAUUUCCUGGAUGUCACUGAUCUCAAUUUGAGUUCUUCCAUGGACCUUCACUUAUAGCAGUGGUAG